AUGAUGAAAACAAUGAAGGAGAGAAGUAUAAAUGUCAGUAUUUGUUAUCGAAAGUACAACCAGGAAAAACAUUCACCUGUUCAGCAUCAGGCUACAUCAUCAUCAUCAUCAUCAUCAUCAUCAUCAUCAUCAUCAUCAUCAUCAUCAUCAUCAUCAUCAUCAUCAUCAUCAUCAUCAUCAUCAUCAUCAUCAUCAUCAUCAUCAUCAUCAUCAUCAUCAUCAUCAUCAUCAUCAUCAUCAUCAUCAUCAUCAUCAUCAUCAUCAUCAUCAUCAUCAUCAUCAUCAUCAUCAUCAUCAUCAUCAUCAUCAUCAUCAUCAUCAUCAUCAUCAUCAUCAUCAUCAUCAUCAUCAUCAUCAUCAUCAUCAUCAUCAUCAUCAUCAUCAUCAUCAUCAUCAUCAUCAUCAUCAUCAUCAUCAUCAUCAUCAUCGAGAAGGUCAACUGCAACUCACUUCAAAUUCCACAGACAAAAGAUUAGCAAGUAUAAGGAAAUUGCAGCAGUAUCCUAA